AUGUUCAAUAUUUCACAACGUCAAGCUGCAUUAGUCGCAGGAUGGUCAAUUUUAAUAAUGGCAAUUCUUGCAGGGUUUGCCUAUGGUUUUGUUCUUCAAGGUUUAAUUGUACCUGAGAAUCCAACGUUAACAGCAAAUAAUAUUAAAUCUUCUAUGAUGCUAUUCCGUCUUAGCAUUUAUAGUUUUUUGAUUAUCCUUAUUUGUGAUAUAUUAGCGGCUUGGGGACUUCAUGUUUUUCUCAAACAAGUAAACGAACAUUUUUCUUUGCUUACUGCUUGGUUUCGACUUGUCUAUUCAGUAAUUUUGGGAACUGCCUUAUUAAAUUUCAUUUUUAUUGUGUUAUUAUUGAAUGGUGAAAAUUACUUGUCUGUUUUUGAAAUAAGUCAAAUAAAUGCUUUGGUAACUUUUUUUUUAAAUGCAUUUCAUAAUAUUUGGUCAAUUGGAUUAAUUAUUUUUGGAUGUCAUUUGUACAUGCUUGGUUAUUUAGUUCUCAAAUCUGAUUAUAUUCCAAAAAUAUUUGGUAUUUUAUUAAUCAUUGCUUCUUUAUGUUAUUCAAUCAAUCAUUCCGCUAAUUUACUAUUACAUAAUUACGAAAAAUAUAAACCAACAAUUGAAUUAUUUAUUAGUUUACCUAUGAUAAUUGGUGAAUUGGGAUUUGGUUUAUGGCUUUUAUUCAAAGGUGGUAUUUUAUCUGAGAAUGAAAAUAAUUCACACGGAAAAAAAUAUUGA